AUGGCGACAGGGCAUUUAAAUGAAACUAUCAUUGGCACCAAUUGUGCCCUACAUCUGAACAUAUUGUGGAGUGCGCAGCAAAUACUGCGUGUUCCAAAUGUGUUCCCUUCAUACGGGGAUCUCAUUGGAACAUGGGCCCCAAGAGACAUCGACGCAAACCAGUUCUUGGAGUUCCAGUUCGCCACCCCCGUCUACGUAACAAAAGUCGACGUCUACGAGACUUACAAUGCUGGCGGUGUCAAGGCCAUUAAGUGCCUCGAUGUCUCAGGCACGUGGAUAACGCUAUGGUCGACGCCCCAAGUAUCCCGGAUUCAGUCUGCGAGGAUAUUUAGUCCAUCGUUUACGUCUACAAUUCCUUGUUUCUCGAACCGAAUUCGGCUGGAUAUCGACUGCACCUUGGCAAACACCUGGGUGGAGAUAGACGCUGUGAGGCUGCACGGCUCCCAGGGUGAGUUCGAGAAUUGUCAUGUGAACAAAUAACUGAAAUGUAUAUGCUUUAGUGCACGCUUUAUGUAAUGCUGUAUUUAAUGACAUAUAUGAUUGCUAUAUUUUUAUGUUCUGCACUGAAACUAUGCCAAUCGGUUCAUUUAAGAAUUCAAAAUUCACCUCUGACAUAUCGGAUAGCUAGCUAUUACCCCGGCAAGCAACAACGCAAAAAACACAAAAAGCAAUACACAGCCGACAUACAAAAAUAUAUAUAUAAUAUAAUUGUCACUAUUUCAAUUAAUGCUAUUUUCAGACGUCCGGCCCAGCUCUGCCGUUUGUUAUCGAUUGAAUCACAUAUAAUACUAUUUUGCUCCUCCACAAAAAAUUUCUCAAAACCGGCUUUCCGUACUUUUAUUUUUGAUGCAUCGGAUUGCGCAAUUUAUGACGUAUGUCUUGUGACGUAUUGCUCCGUGCUGUACAGUAGGUUAUAUUGAUGAUACUAUUUCAGCUUUAAAAGGAGUCAUAAAAAACUUAAUUUAUACACGCUUACCUCAAGUUUAACUUUAAUCAAAUGCUUAAAACAAUAAAGUUACAAGGAUAUUCACUUCCAUUUUCUCUUUUUUUUUCCUUCUCUUUCUGAAAAUUUAUAUAAAAAAUUACAAUAUUUUUUAUUAACAUUUGUAUCGAAUGCUAACCAGUUUGACCCAAAACACGAUUAACGAAACCGUAAUCCUGUCGCAGCGAGUUAUUGUAUGCCUAUGGAAGUUUACAUUAUGCAUGACAAACACACAAUCCGAAAUGCUUUUGGAAUCGUUCGAUGCUUUAAAACAUAUUUUACUGUUAAAAAAAUAAAAUAACACGUCCGACUUGUCGUCAUUAAAAUCCAGAGUUUAAAUAUUAUUUUGUUACACGAGAUACGUAUUUCAUACCAUACAAGAGCGAAGGAGACAUACAAAAAACUAAAUUUAGUAUUAACGACACGCUUACCAAAAUUUUAAAAUUAAUCCAAUGCUUAAAACAAUAAAGUUACAACGAUAUGCACUUCCAUUUUCUCUUUUUUUUCUUCUCUUUUGUUUUUCCCUUUCUCAAAAUUUAUUUAAAACCACACUAUUUUGUAAUAACAUUUGCAUCGAAUGCUAACCAUUCUGACCUAAAACACGAUUUACGAAACCGUAAUCCUGUCGCAGCGAGUUAUUUUAUUCCUAUGGAAGCAAACCAAAUACUUAUCCUUUUAAGGGCUAAACAAUUCAUUAAUCCUAUAUUAAACACAUUUCCAUUAAAAUUAUGCCCCGAAUGAUAGUCGUUUCGUGCCACUACCAGAACAGGAAUUGGGCGCGGGUCCAAGUCACUUUAACACUAUCAAUACA